AUGGAGUUCCUGACGGGGUACCGGGCGGAGCUGCUGGAACUGGUCUCGCUGGUGCUGGGCUGGCGGCGGGGGGGCCGGGGGGGCCCCCCCGAAGCCGGGGUCCUGCGGCGGCUGCCCCCCGAGCCGGGGCCCUGGGUGCUGCACGCGCUGCCCAACACCCGCCUGGGGGUGGCCCUGCCCGCGGGGGGGGCCCGGCGCCGGGUGCUGGUGGUGACGCGGGUGCUGCUGCUGACGGACGCCCGCGGGGUCCCCCUGGGCUUCGACUUCGAGUUGGGGUCCCCCCGCGCCCCCCCCGCGCCCCCCCCGGCCCGCCGGGCCCUGGCCCUGCUCUGCCGCGCCAUGGGGUGCCCCAUGGCCGGGGGGCCCCCCCGCCGCCCCCGCCAGCUCACCGUGGGGGACGCCGGCCUGCAUGCCCCGCAGUGCCGGGCCGUGCUGUACUGCUCCGAGGGGUGCCGUGCGGCCGAGGCGCUCGGGGUGCACCGGGGGUGGUGCCGCCAACUCGGGGGGUUCAUGGGGCGCGCGGCCGCCCUGGCGCAGCUGCCCUUCACCUUCACCGCAGAGGUGACGAGCGAGACCUUCGACAAGGAGGGUUUCCUGCGGGCGCGGGGGCUCACCCGGGGGGGGUGGGCCCACCUCAGCAUGCUGGUGCGGGCCCCCGACUACGGUGUGGGGCUGGGGGGGGGGCAGCCACCCCCCAGGACACCCCACGGCUCCUGGCAGCAGUACUACGCUUGGCGGGGGCUGCCCCUCAGCUCCCCCCUGGCCGCGCUGCUCUCCUACCCCCUGAGCCUCUACUACGUCGUCACCAGCCUCGCGCCCCAACACUUCCCGGAGCUGAACAUCCUGAGGAAGCGCUCGCUGCGGGUGCAGGUGGAGGAGAGCGGCCGGGAGCUGCAGCUGGUCGGGCUCUUCUGGGAGCUGUCGGUGCUGCUGCCCCACGUCUCCCUGGAGCUGCUGUUCCUGGGGGGCUCCGUGCCCCCCACCAUGGACGGGCGGCGAUUCCUGCUGCACCGCACGGUGGGGUUCAGCACCCGCCCCGGCCCCCGCCCCGACCUCGUCAUCGGGUUCAACCCCGGCUUCGCCCUGAAGGAGUCGUGGUUCAGCGCCCUCCCCCGCCUGCAGCGGCCGCCGUCCCCCGCUCCCCCCCCCGCCAGCCCCCCCCCCCAGCGGCGCCGCGACAAGCGCCCCCCCCGCCGCCGCCGCUGA